AUGGCUUCCCUAAGCAAGACUUCCCACGCUGUUCAGAACGAGAACAACGGCGACGGCGAUCGCGUCGAGCCGCCGGACCGUAGUGCGCGAGACACUUCCCCACCGAGCACGUCCAGACCUAUCCAAGGUCAAGCGACUGCUGGUCAUGGUGAUAGCGGAGCGAGGAGGCCGAUGGAAACUUUCAUCGGGGAUUUGCAUACACAUCGGAAGAAUCCACAAAAGUCAUAUCACGAACCACAAGGCGAGUUACUGCAGGGACAACGCAUCCAAAAGCCUGCAAAAGAAGAGUUUCACUACCCCAAUACCAUCGGUGGCUCCAAUAAUCCCGGCUGGUCAUUUUCUGAUAACAACAGAGGAAAUAGUAGUGACGGCUUUGUAGUAUCACAACAGCCUACGGGAGCUGUACCACCCACUGCAGCAGAAUUAGAGUCUCCGGAAGCAGCAAGACAAGCAGAAGAGAGGGAAGCCCGCGCUAUGACAGCGACUCAGGAGGGCCUAUCUCCAGGAGAGAACAGACCACCAGCACCAGCCACGAGGUCUCAGAGUGGACCGGAAAUUCGAGAUCGAGACGAGACAGCUACAUCCCACUCGGCUGAAGCUACGGGUUUCCAAGCAGUGCGACCUGCUCUCGGAGUCUUAGAUGGCCCAGCAGCUGCGCCGAGACGCGCUGCGACGGAUCCGGGUCAGCCUAUGCUGUUGCCGGCGAGGAAGGUGUUCCCAAUCCAGAUUGGCGACAAGCUAUUCGGAUUAUCGGGUGCAUCGAUAUCUUCGGAUGGUAAGUAUUGGAUAUGUGGUCCAUUUUACUGACGCUGUGCUGACACUGUGUGGAGCUCCAUCCUACUUUUCCCAAUUCUUCGAGGAUCAGUUACGACAGGCCGAAGGCGCUGACAGUGUGCGCACAUUAUACAUCGACAGAGACCCAGCGACGUUCGAGGACAUCGCGUUACACCUGCAAGGCUACCACAUCGAGCCCAGGGACGGAUCGCAUUUCACCAAACUCUUCGCAGAUGCACAGUUUUAUACCCUACCGCGGCUCACGGCACAGCUGUUCUCGUCGACGAUAUAUAUUAGAAUAGGCGACGGAGAAUUUCGAAUACCGCGAGGUCUGUUCAAUAACCCUGGAGACUCACCAAACUAUUUCACUCUGGGUUUCAGCUUCAUCUUCACCACACCAGAGGAAGUAUUUCCCGGGCUCUCGGAGCGGACAUUGCUACGGCCUCCAUCGAUUCUCCCUCCAAGCUUGCCAAAUAAAUCGGCAAAGACAUUUGCAGACCUGCUGCACAUUCUCAAAGGGUAUCCCGUGGAGAUACGAAACGACGAGCAUCGCCAAGAGCUCCUGCGAGAUGCACGUUACUACCACUUGAAAGGCCUGGAGCAGCGCUUGAUACCACAUGAGAUAUCGUAUAAUCUUCCCCGCAAGAGGUCAGAGAUCCUCAUUCGCUUAGAAGACGUAAGACAAUCUGGAAUAUCAUUCGUCGCGGAUACGGGUAACGCCGGUCAGUACCCAGCAGCGCCGUCUCCGGCAAGCAGUACAUCAAGCAUAGCCUCCGCCGCUGGAUGGAUAUACUACCAACGACCGUAUGUGGAUUCCGAAGCCUACGGCCUGAUUCUGGAAGUUGGUGGAGAAGAGAACAUGUAUCUCUCGAUUAAACAUGGAUCGACGGCCCGCAUGGGACGGGCAACUUUUCAUAGACAGACGUUGCAGAGGAUUGCAAGCCUGUUCUCGGUUGUAGCCAGCCAAACGAACUUGCCGCUCGCACAACCUCUCGACCUCAUCAUGUUAGAGCGCGGCGCUGGCGUCGCGAGCUUACCAGCCAGUCCUCAUGAUCACGGUGUGAGCGAGGAGCGAGUAAAAGUGCGAAUUGGACCUGACGCGGAUGUCAUGCUGAAUGGCAAGUCGUGGAUUCUCGGCGAUGUUGUUGACGAUGAUGAGUCCGUCAUGGAGAGCGAGCCGUCGAGAGCCGGCGGCAAGCGUCGAAGGCAAGACGAAGGAGAGGACGAAGGCGAAGAGUGGGUCGUUCGCAAAUCUCAAUGGCGCCUGAGAGUCCAGCGCAUCAGCAGUAGCGGUGCACCCUUCCAUGGUGCAAUGAAUGGGAUGGAAGUCGUCCUGGACGCCGUGAAAAUCGCAGCGUUCAGCAAUGAACGAGCCAGGAACGCGUCGAGGGGGUUCCUCUCCUGA